UCUAUAACAAGCUGCAGGAACCUUUACAUUAUCUCCGUGUCUGUUCCGGCGAGGCAGAGAGAGAGAACGAUCUGCGUGCUUCAGGAAUGAAAUUGGCAAGGGGCACCAUGCCCCCAGGCAGCCUCACCACCACAGGUGCUGGCAACACCGAGUCCACGAUAGCUGUCAACAACCCAGCGGAUAUCUCAGUCAUUGUCAUCUAUUUCCUGGUGGUUCUGGCGGUGGGAAUCUGGGCAAUGGUGAGGAGUAACAGGGGCACGGUUGGAGGCUUCUUCCUCGCGAGCAGGAGCAUGAUAUGGUGGCCGAUUGGAGCCUCCCUGUUUGCCAGUAACAUCGGCAGUGGUCACUUUGUGGGAUUAGCUGGGAAUGGCGCAGCUGGCGGAAUAGCUACAGGAGGAUUCGAAUGGAAUGCCCUCGUCAUUGUCAUUAUUCUGGGAUGGCUGUUUGUACCAAUCUACAUUCGAGCUGGGGUUGUGACCAUGCCGGAGUACCUGAAGAAGCGAUUUGGGGGGAAUCGGAUCCGAAUUUAUCUGUCUGUGCUCUCACUUUGCCUCUACAUAUUCACCAAGAUAUCGGCUGACAUGUUUUCGGGAGCCAUAUUUAUUCGGGAGGCACUGGGAUUAAACUUGUAUGUUGCCGUGGUGAUCCUGCUUUCCAUCACCGCACUGUAUACUGUGACAGGUGGUUUAGCAGCUGUGAUCUACACGGACACAUUGCAGACUAUCAUCAUGGUGGUGGGGUCCUUCAUUCUGAUGGGUUUCGCUUUCAAUGAAGUGGGUGGCUAUGACGCCAUGGCGGAGAAAUAUAUGAACGCCAUCACUAGCCAGACCACUGAUCCCAAUCUGAACAUCAGUGCAGCCUGUUACACACCCCGUCCAGACGCGUUCCACUUGUUCCGAGAUCCCAUCACCGGCGAUAUUCCUUGGCCAGGCCUGAUCUUCGGCCUGUCCAUCCUGGCGAUCUGGUAUUGGUGUACUGAUCAGGUCAUCGUUCAACGUUGUCUCUCUGCGAAGAACAUGAGUCACGUCAAGGCUGGCUGUAUCCUUUGUGGCUACCUCAAGCUGUUGCCAAUGUACCUCAUGGUCUUCCCAGGAAUGAUCAGCCGGAUUCUGUAUACAGAUAUCAUAGCUUGCGUUGUGCCCAGUCUUUGCAAAAAGUAUUGUGAUGCAGAGGUUGGAUGCACCAACAUUGCCUACCCCAGGUUGGUAGUGAAGCUGAUGCCAAUGGGUCUGCGUGGUUUGAUGCUGUCUGUCAUGUUGGCAUCUUUGAUGAGCUCCCUGACAUCCAUCUUUAACAGUGCCAGCACACUCUUCACCAUGGACAUCUGGACCAAGAUCAGGCCCAAAGCUUCAGAAAAGGAACUUAUGUUAGCGGGAAGGGUCUUCACCUUGGUCCUGAUUGGGAUCAGUAUUGCCUGGAUUCCGAUUGUACAAACAGCACAGAGUGGACAGCUCUUUGACUACAUCCAAUCAAUUACCAGCUACCUGGGUCCCCCUAUAGCCUCCGUCUUCCUGCUGGCCAUCUUUGUCAAGCGUGUGAACGAGCAAGGAGCAUUUUGGGGUUUGAUGUUUGGCCUCGCCACUGGCUUGUCCCGAAUGAUCGCGGAGUUUGCGUAUGGAACAGGCAGCUGUGUGACUCCGAGCGAGUGCCCCAGGAUUAUUUGUGGCAUCCACUACUUGUACUUCGCUAUCAUCCUCUUUGUAGCCACCAUCUUGAUGGUGCUGAUCGUGUCCUUCCUGACCAAGCCAAUCGAUGAUGUACAUCUUUACCGAUUGUGUUGGAGCUUGCGAAACAGCACAGAAGCACGGAAGGAUCUGGAUGAAGAUAACUGGAAGAAUGAAGAUAAUGAUAGCAAAAUGGAUACUGAUGAAGAGUCGGACCAAGACGUGAGCUGCUGGAAGAAAACCUACAACUGGUUCUGCGGUUUCGACCAAACGGCGAAGAAGCUCAGCAAAGAGGAGCAGGAAGCCAUGCAGCAGAAGCUGACAGACAUUUCGGAAGUCCCCCUGUGGAGAAACGUUGUCAACAUUAAUGCCAUUGUCCUGCUGGCCGUCUGUAUCUUUUUCUGGGCUUUUUACGCGUAGUUCAAGAAUGAAGGGAGACGUUUUGCUGACUAACCUCCCCGAACCAUUCCCACCAAACCCAUGAUACACUGCUUUCACUUUCUUCACAAAUGAGUGCACAAUGGAUUCUACUUAAACAGUGCUGCCUAAUUUGUGCUUCUUUUUAAGAAAAAUACAUUCUAAAGUUGAUACUUCCUUUUGUUUUAAUCAAACAUUAGGAUGAAACUGUGGCCCAAUUUUUACAAAGAAAUCUUGGAGAAAGUUUGUGAAUCCCAGCUGGAUCCUGAGGCCUACAUGUCUUUACUUCACUGAGCCACAACUUUAUGCACAUUACUUCAGCCACAAGUUUGAAGACAGCAAGCUUACAAAAGAGGGCAUUACAGAAACAAUGCCCAAAGACAACUGUUUUAAAAAUGGGUAAUUUAUUACAUUUAAAAAAAUAAGUGCAAUAAUACUGCCGUGAGAAAUAACACGAUAAUCAGAGAUAAUAAACUCCGACUUUCCCUCUUGACUGUCAGUUUCUACACAUUAUCCGGACGUUCACUUUCACUUAUUUAGGUUCAGUUCUUCUUCUUAAAGCAAAAAGAAAUUGUGUUUCCAUACCGCCUCCCAGACUUUCAAAAGCUCUUGAUGUGCUUCAAGAGUCAACACAGUACAGGUGUGGAAAUACAGUAACCAAACUCGCACAAGUGAGUAAAGAUACUAGUCAGCUCACAGCUGGAAUACUGCGAACAGUUUUGGGCCCUUUAUCUAAGGAAAGAUAUAUUGGCGUUGAAGGUUCACUAGGGCUGGUAUCAUGUAUGGUUGAGUAGAUUGGGCCUGUAUUUGUUGGAAUUUAGAGGAAUGAUAGACAAUUUUAUCGAAACGUACAUGAUUCCUAGGGGUCUGGACAGGGUAAAUGGGGAGAGGGUGCUCUGCCUUGUGGGAGUCCAGGACCAGAGGGCAUCAUCCCAGAAUAAGGGGAUACAUAUUUAAUACAGAGCUGAGGAGGAAUUUCUUCACUCAUUAGGUGGUAAGUCUUCACUGCAAACAGCUGUCCAGUACCUGAGAUAGAAUUUUACUCAGUAACAGAAUUAAGAGGGACAGGAGUUGAGAAUGAUCGGAUCAGCCAUGAUCUAUUGCAGAGCAGACCCUUAGAUUCCCUACAGUCCUGAUAGAAGCCAUUCAGCCCAACAAAUCCAUGCUGACCCCCCAAAAAGCAUCCCACCCCAUCCCUGUAACUCUGCAUUUCCUAUGGCUAACCCACCC